CAGCUGACGAAUGGUAUCUCCCUCCUCUCCCGGAUGGACCGCGCCGCUAAAGCCGGGCAGCCUGAGCGCUGACACAGGAGCAGGUUGCCCACGGCUCGCUCUCCUGCCGCUGGAUGUCACACCGACCGACUACCGAGUGAAAUAUUUCCGCGCCGGAAAGAAGAGGUUACUUUGUUGAAUUUUACCCCUCGGGCUGGGAGCUACCCGCUUCCCGUCACCAUGGCUUCCAACUUCAACGACAUAGUGAAACAGGGAUACGUGAGGAUACGGAGUAAGAAACUGGGGAUAUUCCGGAGGUGUUGGCUGGUGUUCAAGAAGGCGUCCAGUAAAGGACCCCGACGUUUAGAGAAGUACCCGGACGAAAAGGCGGCGUACUUCAGGAGCUUCAACAAGAUCACUGAGCUCCAUAACAUCAAGAACAUUACCCGAAUGCCGCGGGAGACAAAAAAGCACGCUGUGGCCAUCAUCUUCUGUGACGAAACAUCCAAGACAUUUGCCUGUGAAUCGGAGCUGGAUGCCGAGGAAUGGUGUAAGCUGCUGUGUGUUGAGUGCCUCGGCAGCCGUCUCAACGACAUCAGCUUGGGAGAGCCAGACCUGUUAGCAGCGGGGGUACAGCGGGAGCAGAACGAACGUUUCAACGUGUACUUAAUGCCCACGCCGAACCUGGACAUCUACGGGGAGUGCACCAUGCAGAUCACCCAUGAAAACAUCUACCUGUGGGACAUUCACAACGCUCGCCUCAAACUCGUCAUGUGGCCUCUCAGCUCCCUGCGCAGAUACGGACGAGACUCGACUUGGUUCACUUUUGAAUCUGGAAGGAUGUGUGACACAGGAGAGGGUUUGUUCACGUUCCAGACGCGAGAGGGGGAGAUGAUCUACCAGCGGGUCCACUCGGCCACGCUGGCCAUCGCCCAGCAGCACGAGAGGAUGAUGGAGGAGAUGGAGAAGAGCUCCCAGAUCCACUCCAGAGAGACGCUUACCAAGUCCAUCUCCCUGCCACGCAGCGCCUACUGGCAGCACAUCACGCGUCAGAACAGCGUGGGAGAUCUCUACAGUUACCAAGGAAGCAGCUUGUCAAUGACAUUCAUCCCUCGAGCACAGACGUUCCCCAGCUUUCUAUCUGAUGAGCCAGAACAGGGGGAGAGCCAGCACCAGGAAGAGGCACCGUCGCCCUCUAGUGGCUGUGAAUCCACUUGCAGCCUAAGACCGCUUCAAUGACAAAGAAUGGCUUCCCCAAAACUGAACACUUUGCCCACUACUGUAGAAAGGAUGUAGAAAUAUGUAUAGUGACAUGUGUAAUAUAUCAUUUCAUAGUGUCUGCUGUAGAGUGACUGGUUUAUGGAAAUUAACCUGAAUUGUUUUUUUUGUAUGUUGUGUGGCAACAACAGUAGCUACAAAAAUGCACCAAAAAUCAUGAAAGUGUAGUUUUUUUUUGUUCAUUUGUUGUCAAAGCCCAUAGAACUCAGAUUUUUAAUCAAUGAAACAUUUUUUUUUCAAGAUGUUAUAUUUACGAACACGUCAGGUUCUACUUUUAAAAAAUGAUCAGAAAAGGUGUUUUUUUGUGUGAAAUGGAUAAAAUCACAUUAGACUCACUCGAACAGCUUGCUGCCUCAGCAACCAAUUCCAGAGAAAUUUUGCCAUUUUUUGACACAUCAUUCUCCCAAACUUUUAUGUACUUUUUUACCCACUCUCAAGAAUGUGAAAUUGAUCAAUGAGUCACACAGAAAAGUGUUCCAAGUUGAAGGCAGUGAUGGAUCAGCUAAAGCUCUUAUUCGGUAACAACCAGCAAAGGGAAAGCGUCAUUCCGAAAAAAGAGUAUGUAAGAGUGGACUGUCAAGUCAGAGAUGAGAGAAGGUAACUUCCGCAAAUCCUCUAUUUUAAACUGCUGACCCUACAGUGGGAAAGCAAUCUGGGUUUAAUGGUUUCCUAGCUCCUCUACAGCAUUUGUAACUGGUUCAUUAGCAAAAUGUGAGAACAAAGAUGGUGAUGAGCUGAUAGUGAGAGUUAAAUAAUAGCAUCAUAGGUUGACAACAAGGAUUGUCAACUAUAAAUAUUUGUCAGGCUGAGGCUUAAAAACAACUGCGUACCAGCAGCUUUAAAACCACAGCUUGUAUUUGCACUUUUGUACGGCGUAAAUAAAUGAUAUAUGGUAUUCAUUUUGUGAACUCUAGAGGUGCUGGUAUGUGGUUUUGUUACCAUUGUCUGAACUAAGUUUAAGCUAACCAGAUGUUAGCGCUAGCUUCAGUUUUUGCUUACAGACUUGAGAGUUGAUUAAAUCUUCAUCUCCAACUGUUGUCAAGCAUUCAAAAGACUGCAUAAGCAACAUUUCCAUUAUAAAAAUGACUGAUCAUUGGUGUUUAAAAGCAUCUCAGACCUUUACCUUAUUUGUUAUACCUUAUACCAUUUUGUUUUCCAUUAGCAAGAAUACGAACAAGAAACAAUCAUUGUAGUAAUUGUGGUAAAAAGAGAUAACAGAAAACCAUUAAAUAUUUCAGUAAAUCUUUUCUGUAGAAUGUGAGUGAAGUUAGCCUACGUGAUCCCUGUGACGAUAUUCUGCAAUGUCCUCCUCAAGUAAAAAGUGCCUUCCAACAAAGACCGCAGAGUGUGAGACCUACACACCCAAAUCACCAUCUUUGGGUUUUAGUUUACCGCUGUAGACAAAAUUAAGCACUGAACCUUCAAUAACCUAUAUUUAAUCGUCUAAAGUCCCAGUAGCCUCAGAAAUGCCAUAUCCCACAUGAAAUACUUCUAAUCCUAACCUUUCCUCGAGCUCCUUUAGAGAUAAGAAAAACACUUGUUGCCUGUUGGUGGCUGUCAACACAUUUAGUCCCGUCUUUCAGUAUUUGUGGUUAAAAUGGUUGUACUUUUUGUGAGGUUAAAGAAACACACAGAUCUCUCAAAUCCGGAAAAGCCAAGCAACAACUCAGAAAUUAUAAAAUAGAUUCCAAUGACAAUCAGUUUGAGGCAGCAAAUACGUUCUUUGAUCAACAUUAGAGCACUUCCUUUGAGUUUUUAGUUUUAAGUACAGAGAAAUAGCUCCCUAGAACUUGAAAUUCAAGUACAAGCACUUAUUUUAUGUUGAAGUUUUGCUAUCAGGCACUUUAUUUUGUCAAUUGUAUUUAAAUAGCUCGUAUGUUUUUAUUAAGUUGAGCCUCAAGUGAAGUACGAAUCUACAAUUGUGUCUGCAUCACAGAGUCCCUAUUACAGACAGCUGUUGACAUGUCUGGGCACAUUUCUGCUCGUGUAGUCUUGAGGUUUAAGCUCAAGUGUGAUAAAUAAAUGUAUGUGUAAAAGAUCCACUACAUCUGGACCAUUAGAACGAGUACAAACUGCAGACUGAAGGAAAGUUCUAGAUAUCUGUGUUUAUCAUUUGCUAUUCUUUUUGGCAUAUGUAUGUUGUAGCCAUUCACUUGUUUGUAGGAAUGUCAUGUUAUCUGUUGCUUCAUGAUUGUAAUUGUGUCAAACUCGUUUGUGUUCAGUUAUUGUCAGGUUACAUGUUAUUAGCACUUUGAACACAUUGAGUGUAGUACUACAGUUUUCACUAAAUGUACAUAUGUAAUGUUUCUGAUGAUGAAAGGGUAAUAAAUUGAAUGUUCUA